CCCACACCACUCUCCCACAUCAACAACAGACAGAACCAGAGCCCCCAACCCACCCACCCACCGUAACACAAGGAAAAACAGAGCGUAAGAGACCUUAAGAGAGGCAUGGCGCCGUCCUACGACAAGACCAUCGCCACGGCGGCCUCCCUCGCGGCGUCCCUCAUGCUCGUCCGCAGCCUCGCGAGCGAGCUGCUGCCGGCCGAGGUGCGCGGGGCCCUCUCCGCGGCGAUCGCCGGCCUCCGCUCGCGCAUGACAUGGCAGCACACCAUCGUCAUCGAGGAGACCGAGGGCUGGUCCAGCAACCGCGUCUACAACGCCGUCAAGGCCUACCUGGCCACGCGCAUCAACGCCAAUAUCAACAUGCAGCGCCUGCGCGUCAGCAGCGCCGGCGAACCUGAGAAGAUGGUCGUCAGCAUGGAGGCGGGCGAGGAGAUGACAGAUGUGUAUCAAGGAGCGGAGUUCAAGUGGUGCCUGGUCACCCGCGAGGUCAGUGGCGACCCGAACAACGGCGGUGUCGGUGCCCGGGAGAUCAGGUCCUACGAGGUGAGCUUCAACAAGAGGCACAAGGAGAAGGCCCUGAAAGAGUAUCUCCCAUUCAUCGUCACCACGGCUAAGGCCAUCAAGGACCAGGAGAGGAGCCUCAGCAUCUACAUGAACGAACGCUACGACGAGUGGUCCCCAAUUGACCUCCAACAUCCCUCCACGUUUGACACGCUAGCCAUGGACCAGAAGCAGAAGCAGUCAAUUGUCGACGACCUCGACAGGUUCAUCAAGAGGAAAGAGUACUACAGGAAGAUCGGCAAGGCGUGGAAGCGCGGGUACCUGUUGUACGGCCCGCCGGGCACCGGCAAGUCCAGCCUCAUCGCCGCCAUUGCCAACCACCUCAGGUUUGACAUUUACGACCUCGAGCUGACCGGGGUCAAUUCCAACUCGGACCUCAGGAGGCUUCUCGUCGGGAUGACCAACCGGUCCAUUCUCGUUGUUGAGGACAUCGACUGCACCAUUGAACUGGAGCAGCGGGAGGAAGAUGACGAGGAGGAUACCAAAUCCAAUUCUACAGAAAAGAAGGCACAAGACAAGGUCACAUUGUCUGGGCUGCUCAAUUUUGUAGAUGGCUUGUGGUCGACAAGUGGGGAGGAAAGGAUCCUCAUCUUCACGACCAAUUACAAGGAGCGUCUCGACCCAGCACUUCUGCGGCCUGGCAGGAUGGACAUGCACAUCCACAUGGGGUACUGCACCACAGAGGCCUUCCAGAUCCUUGCCAAUAACUACCAUUCCAUUGACUACCAUGUCACCUAUCCUGAGAUUGAGGCGUUGAUCGAGGAGGUCACGGUGACGCCUGCAGAGGUCGCCGAGGUUCUGAUGAGGAGCGAUGACACUGAUGUUGCCCUCCAUGAUCUUGUCGAGCUCCUGAAAUUGAAGAAGAAAGAUGCCAUUGAGAUCAAGACUGGAAGUAAGCAGGCAGAGGAGAAGAAAGGGGCCAAUGAGAUCAAGACAGAGAGUUUGGAGGUGGACGGGAAGAAAGAUGGCGAUGAGAUCAAGACUGAAAGUGUGCAGGUAGAGGGGAAGAAAGAUGACAAAGAAGUGGUGGUGAAGAAUGAGUUUACAGAAAACGGAAGCGGUUAGGAGUGCGGAAGCUGACGGUGACCAGCGACUAUGCACGUAUCAUGUACAUAGGUCUCCCUAAAGGAGACCCAUUGUAACGUAUAUGUUGAUCAUUUUGACAACUAUAUAAUAGUAGUAGUGAGGCGCACCUGGGCUUGAGACAGUGUGCUUCUAAAUAAUUUUGUACUGUAAGUACUGUUGCAGAAAGUUAAAUAUAUGCACCUUAACAUCUUGCAAAA